UCGCUAAACCUCUAAGCCCUUCGAGCAGCUGCUUCAAGAUCAAUCAAACAAACCUCUCAGAAGCUCUAACUUGAAUCCUCUCACUCUCUGUUUCACUCGCAGCCAUGUCAAAGAAGAAAGUCAGAGAGCCGAAGGAGGAAAACAUUACACUUGGACCAGCUGUACGAGAUGGGGAGCAUGUAUUUGGUGUCGCCCAUAUUUUUGCCUCGUUUAAUGACACAUUCAUUCAUGUUACUGACUUGUCUGGAAGAGAAACACUUGUUCGCAUCACUGGUGGUAUGAAGGUGAAAGCUGACAGGGAUGAAUCCUCUCCAUAUGCAGCCAUGCUUGCAGCGCAAGAUGUUUCUCAACGAUGCAAGGAGCUUGGCAUAACUGCUCUUCAUAUCAAGCUCCGGGCUACUGGAGGGAACAAGACCAAAACACCUGGUCCAGGUGCUCAGUCAGCACUUAGAGCCCUUGCCCGUUCAGGCAUGAAAAUUGGUCGCAUAGAGGAUGUGACACCAAUUCCCACCGACAGUACUCGCCGAAAGGGUGGCAGAAGGGGAAGAAGGUUGUGAUUCUUUGCGCUAUUGUUUAAGCUGCUGCUGUUGUUACAGGGAUUUUUCCUUCCCAUUGAUUAGAUGCAAGAAUGCUUUUGAUUUUUCUCCUUUGUUUGGGACAUCUGUAGUUUUGGAUUUGGUUAUGUUCACAAUUUUGAUCAGUUGGAUCUAUACAAUGGUAAAGACUAGUUACUUCUUUGGUAGGUUCUGGAUGUAUUGGUUAAGCCAGUACCUGUUCGGCAGCAAAUUAUGACUGUAACGGUUAUAUUCACAUUUAAUAUCAUUUUCUAGAUGCUGAUCAUACAGUUUGAUCA